AGUAAGAUUUUAUUUUUCCCCUUUAAAUGUAUUCCUAGGCCAUGUCGCCCAAACAUUUCUGGACAUAUUUGCGUUGAACUAGCGAUAGCAAUGUCCAGAAAAGGACCGUGUUGACAUUUUUAUGCUAACAUUUCAUUGUCAGCGAUUGCGUUGCCAUCAGGGCGCAGGAGAAGGAACGCUGGUUGAACCAUCUGAGAGAGAUGAGGGACGAAAACGACUCCCUGUUAAAACUGCUCACGGAAAAGGACUUGGAAAUCAAACAGAUGAAGAAGAAACUGGACAGCGAGCGACUGCUGGCCAUGGCGGGUAUGCGUGUCACUCGUAUCAUAAUUUUGCAUCCGAACGCACAACAAAACGUCACGUUUCAGGCGCGGCGGGCGUUGCGGGCGACGCGGCCGCCGUCAAGAUCGUGGAGCUGUCCAAGAAGAACCGGGAGUUGACGUCCGAAGUGGAGCGAGAGAAGUCCAAAUCCAAGCAGAACGUCAACCGGGUCAAGGAGCUCGAGAAACAGCUGCAGGCUGUGCUAAUCUCACAAAAGAGUGACGUCAACACGCAGAAGCAAAACUCAGCGAAAGACUGCGGGGACCACCCGGCGGUGAAGUCCUUGAAGGACAAAUUAUCCGCCGCCCAGCUCAAAGUCACCGAGCACCGCAACCAGGUCCAGUUUCUGAAGCAAGAGUUGAAAGUGGCUCAGAAGGUUCUGACGAGCGAAGUCGGCGAGGACGCCAACAUUCAGCAGUUACUGAGCGGCGCGGGCAGCUUCCGGGGACGCGCGCAGCAGAUACUGGCGCUACAGUCCAGGGUGCGCGACCUCGAGCAGCAGCUGAAAAAGGCCAACGCUCAAGCGUCCAGCGUGCACAGCGGCGAAGAAGAACCUUGCAAAAUCACAACUCAGGGCAGGAACGUCAGCUUCAUCCGGACAAUGGAAAAGGAGAAGAAGGAAGCCUUUGAGAGGAUCUCGGCCCACUACGAAGCCCUCCAGAAGGAGCACGACGACACCAAGAAGAAGCUGGAAGCCUCCAAGGCCAGAAUAAAGUGUUUGUCCGAGGAGAAGGCCGCUCAGAUAUCCGCCGCGCUGAUUAAAAGUAAACAUGACGACGAGCUGGUGCAAGCGCUGCUGAAGGAGAAGGCCCAGAUGCAGGAGAUGCUGACUCAGCUCACCAAACAAGUGGAGGCGCAGAAGGCGCCGGCCCGGCCCGAUCCGGCCGCGUUGCUGAGCGGCGAGCUCUCCGUGCAGAACACGCUCAUCCAGAACUUGUACCAAGUGGUCGCCGACAAAGAGGAGACCAUCAAGCAGUUGGAGCAAGAAAUACAGCAGCUCUCACUCAAGGAUGUGGAAAGCCAGGCCAGGGUCGGCGUUUCUGCACUUCGUCCUGAAGAGGGCGCCAUUGACAAGAAAAUGUCUCCGCGUUCCGCCUUCGCCGUUAACGGGCCGUGGUAUUUGUAGACGCUUUUCAUCAACGCCAGAAUCUCCGCGGGCGACGACCGUGACCGAGUGCGGACCGCGUGAGCCGAAAUAAAGUGUCCCCGUCCCGUUACAAUGGCGAGUUUAUCGAAGACGAGCCGGAGUGCGACGGCAAUCGGACAGCCGGAGCGCGGCCUUUCCCUCCUCGUAUUUCUUCUCCCGAGGCCGAAACGUCGCGAGUACGGCGGGUGAGUCGCCCUCGUCGCGCUUUUCGCAUGACACGCCACGCAGGAGACGCCGACGUCGCCGAAGAGCUCCCGGCUCGGACGCCGACGAGACGCGAUGGGCCGAGCGUGGCCGGCCCCCUCGGCUCGCGUCGUUACCUCCUCGCUUCGGACGUUCGCCGAAUCAGCGUCUCGCCCCGCGACCUUCAUCGGGCCGCUUUUGUUAGCCCUCGCCAGGUCGAUUGUGAUUGUUCCUUCCUUAGCAGGUUUCUGUGCAAACACUUCGAUUGCAAAGCGGACUCAUCAGUCCCCGUUGAAAAAAAAAAUAUAUAUAUAUAUAUAAUUUUUCAACCACAAGGGUAAAUGUAAAAAGAGUGUGGUUUUGUUUCCAUGGCAACAGUGCUUCCAGAACUGAUAAGGCACCAAAAAAAAGGAUUAAGAUCUACACAAACAUUCCAAAGGUUUUUUUUUUUUACAUAAAUUAAAGCCCGUGUUUUUUUGAAGGGAAGAAAAAAAAAGUUGACAAGACAAGAAUGUGAAAGUUUUACGGUUUUAAAUGCUGAAAAAAAAAAGUGGAAAAGUAGAGGGAGGCAGACAUAAACGAGGUUUUACAACCCCGUUUUAGUCUUCAGCAAUCUGAAGUUGACGGCGCAAGCUAACGGAGUGAAUGUCGACAUCUGCGGGAUGAGGGAUGGACCUUUCCGACCUGUCAAUCACUCGUACGACAAUAGCCAAUCAGAUAACCGCAAUGUCUUAACACCUGGCUCGACACGCCCCUGCCGCCAUGUUGUCCCCCAAGCAAUCGUGGCUGUCAGUAGCGGGCGCUUGGAAAAGUUAAUGUUUCGAAGAAAAUGGUCCUCAGAUGCGCUUGGGGAACGUCCAAUCCUGACGAAGUGUCUACAAUGGAUUAAGGCUCGCGGAAGAGCGCACGUACGACUAAAUGUGGACAAUAUCAACACAAAUAAGGCUGUAAGUUUGAAGGUUAAGUGAGAGAGACGUAUCUUCUGACUUCUAAAGACUACAAUAUUACUUCUGAUCUUUCCAAGUAAAAAAACACUCACCCUGCUUUCCAUGCGCAGUACGAUUCCACCAUUUUAUCCUGUUGGAUUUCAAUAUGACGUUUGAGGCAUCAAACUUUCGCAUCGAUCGCCAACGCUUCACUGGAACUGACAUUGCGUCCUGCUCCGUCCAAAAUCUUAAUUCCGUGUACGUAUCCUUGCAGGAAAUAGUUGAGACCUCUCUGUCGAACUCCCUUGGACAAGUCUGACGCAUUUGGCGAAAAAAAACAUACCGCAAUAUUAUCUGGAAUACGCGAUAGAGAAUCCACUUCAAACCUGUUCUGUUCAGUCGCCAUUUUGGAAGCUUGUGGGACGUGGCUGAGGGGGCGGAGCUUAAGAUCGGUCAUCGGAAAGGUCGAUUCAAACCCAGAACCUUGUGACUUGGACGCCGGUGCAAUCACAUUCCUAUAAAAUCAAUGUAACAACUUUGUUCUUUUUGUUUGGGGGUGGGGGAGGAGGGGUUGAAGUGGGACAUAUUUGUCUAUGAAUGAUGCAGAUAAGUCUAACUAUUGAAAAGGUGAAACCUUGUGAAUUAUUUUAUCCAAUUUACAUAUCACAUACUCAUCUUGUGAUUUUUUUUUUUGUACUUGUG